AUGUCACCAUGGAAAAAGGAGGAGGAAGUGUGCGGAAAACCUACACAAUAUAAUCUACAAACCUGUGAAUACAAUUGGCGGUCACUUCCAGAUACGCACUUUACAUUUGAGGCUCAGAAUAGGCGCCGAAGACACAUCGGUAUUCUUCCCGGGUUGCAAGGAACUGAGAAAUACGAGGCCCGAAAGAUUCCGCCGAUGGAAUCACCACGCGCUGAUCCAUCACCCCCUGUAUGGGACGCCAGACCACCAGCGCUGCCGCUGCAACCGUUAUCACAACCCACUCUCAACAUUCUUCCAUGGUCACAUGAGGGUUUACGCCAAAUGAUUAUGGCAAACAAUAUGGAAGCGCAGCACUCGUACCUGCGUGGAGUGUAG